ACCCGGUAACAUAACCUAAAAUAUUAUUUGUUUGUGUGCGUGAUUUCUCUCAGUGUUUUCACGUGAUAGUUGAUGGUUUGGAAUGUAAUAUUCCUUCUGUUCAAUAAUUAAAUUUUACAUUGUUUUUUUUGUGAAACUUAAUUUAAGUGUGCUCUUCUCUGUAACAAGUUAUUAUGACUGUUGAUUUAAAAAGAAAUAUGAAGAGAACAAGUGUAUUCAAAAAACGAGUAACAAAGAAAAAAACUCGAUCUGUUCCUUCAUUGAUAGCUAAGAACAAAAAAGCUCUAGAAAAACUGAACCCUAAAGAAUCAUCUGAAGAAAGUGAUGUUUCCAGUGUCAUCUCAGAAGUAAAUGGAGCAAGUGAUAGUGAUGAAAUAACUGGAGCACCAAAUACCAAAGAUGCACAUGAUGAUGAAGUCUCAAGCUCAGAUGAAGAUGCCGGCCAGGAUGAUGAGGAAGACUUAUUUGACGAUAAGCAACACAAGAAGUCCCUGGCCAACUUAAAGAAAACUGAUCCAGAGUUUUAUCAGUUUCUGGAAGAAAACGAUAAGAAACUUUUACAAUUUGAUGUGUCAGAUAGUGAAUCGGGAUCAGAAAUUGAUGAUAAUGAAAAAGUACACAAGCCACCAGAACAGCUUGAGGUGGAUAGUGAUGAAGAAGACUUCACAGAAGGGGAUGCUUGGACAGGAGCCCCGGGUGUGCUAGUGACUCUUAGCAGUGUAUCUGAAUGGCAAGAAGAGCUGCGAUCUAAUCCAUCAGUUUCUCUUGUAACACAAGUAGUACAGGUGUUCCAAGCAGCAUUGCAGACAGUUUCAGGAGAUGAGGCUGGUGAACAAAGGGAAUUCAGAGUUGAAGGAAGUUCAGUGUUUAAUGCUGUGGUACAAUUGUGUGUGGUGGAACUGCAGCCAGCUCUGCUCAAGCUGCUCAACUUGCGAGCCCAUAACCUUGCUAAUGCCCAACCUGCCAAGAGUAAGAGAUGGAACAAGAUCAAACAUAUCAUGAAGAACUAUCUCACUGAUCUCCUAAAGUUGCUUGGAGCUGUGAGCUCAGCAAACAUAUUGACAGUGCUGUUAAAACAUUUGCACCAAAUGAUAGUUUUCCUUGGUUUCUACCACUCGCUAGUGAAGACUGCUCUCAAACAGCUGGUGGCACUGUGGUCAUCAUCUGCUGAAGAGACUGUUCGUGUGGUGGCUUUUCUGUGCAUCCUGCGGAUCACCACUAACCAGCAGAAGUCACUGCUGGAUUCAGUACUGAAGAUGAUGUAUGUGGCUUACAUCAGCAACAGCAAGUUUAUGUCUGUCGCUACACUGCCCAACAUUUCAUUCAUGAGACGGUCUCUGGCAGAGAUGUUUUGUCUGGACAUGAGUGUGUCGUAUCAGCACACUUUCCUUUACAUCAGACAACUAGCAAUUCAUCUACGCAAUGCAAUCACUGUGCACAAAAAGGAGAGCAUCCAAGCUGUGUGUAAUUGGCAAUACAUGAACUCACUUAGGCUGUGGGUGGACCUGAUCUGUACAGUCAGUGAGAAUAGUCCACUGCGAGCCCUCCUGUACCCUCUUGUCCAGGUGAUAGUGGGCUGUGUGAAGCUGGUGGCUACAGCUCAGUACAUGCCGCUUCGUUUCCACUGCUGCCAACUGCUUACAAGGCUUUCAAAAGAAACAGGCACUUACAUACCUGUCUUACCUUUUAUUGUUGAGUCAUUAACACUCAUAGACUUCAAUAAGAAACAUCAGAAAGUGUCAAUGAAGCCAAUGGAUUUCACUUGCAUCUUGCGGAUGUCAAAGGCUGGACUGGGCGAGAAUGGAUUUAGAGAUGCUAUUGUGGAGCAGGUUUAUCAACUGUUGAUAGAGUAUUGUGCUGCAGAGAGCCACCGCAUCAGCUUUCCAGACAUUAUUGUGCCCAGUGUUGUACAAUUGAGAAGCUUUGUGAAGGAUUGUCGUACUAGCAAGUAUAGCCAGAAGAUACGACAGGCACUGGCCAAGAUUGAAGAAAGUGGGCGACAUGUGGAGGCGGAGAGACGUAAGGUGGCCCUGCACCUCGGUGAUGUGAAGGCAGUGGCAGCAUGGGAGACUGGUCUGCGCACUCGAGGGACUCCACUUGCUAACUUCCACCAGAGCUGGCAGAAGGUGCACCAGCGACAGGUUGCCAAGAGAGUCACUGACAAUGACAAGCUUGGAGAUUUCAAGCUCCCACAGAUAAAGCGUCCUGCAGCCAAAAAAGAAGCAGCUCCCACUCCCUCUGGUCCUGUAGAGCUAUUCCCUUCAGAUUCAGACAGCGACAAUCUGGGCUUUGGGGCUGAGGAAGAAAAUACAAAGAAGAAAAGAGUAAAGAGGAUUAAGAAGAAUAAGUCUAUGCCUAAGAAACAAGAGAAAAUCAAAGAAGAAGAUUCAGGUAGUGAUCAAGUUGAGGAUAUUGUUGAAGAGUUGAGAUUAUCAGAUUUAGAAUAAGCUAUUGUACUGAAAAUAAAUCUUUUAUUUUGUUAAA